AUGAGUUCCGGAAUCAAGUCAAAAUCACUCGUGCUUACAUCACCUGAAAGGUCACUUGAGAUUCGAGAACGUGUAGUCCCACCUCCAUCUCCAGGUUGUAUCAACAUAGAAGUCCUACGAGCCGGAGUAUGUGGCACUGAUGUUCAUUUAUGGAAAGGGGAUCAGCCGCUGCCCGGAUCUGUAGUCCUUGGACAUGAAGGACUUGGUCGCGUGAUUGAAUUGGGCGCUGGUGUGCAAACAGACCAUGCCAGUAACCCAAUCGCAGUUGGGGAUGUCAUCUACUGGAAUCCAAUUCGACCUUGCAAUGCUUGCUACCAUUGCACCAUUUCGCAAGACUUUACUGCGUGCGAAAACGGAACUUUCUGGUCCCUUGCAAACAAUACUACUGUAUGGGCAUCCUAUACACAGGUAGCCACUCUCUUGCCGAACAAUUCGUUUUACAAAGUGGAUCCAAAUGUUCCAUUUGAUGCUUAUAUAGCAUUGGGCUGUGCUCUUCCCACCAUGCUCCAGGCCGUGGAUCAUCUUGGCCAUAUUCCGGGGGGCAGCAACGUGGUUGUGCAAGGUGCUGGUCCUGUCGGCUUAGCGGCUAUUAUGAUGGCUAAAUUAGCAGGCGCUGCACAUAUUAUCUGCAUCGAGGGAAAUCCAGUACGCCUCGAACAGGCACGAUCCUUUGGAGCAACUGCACUUGUCGACUUCCGCGAGGAAGGACUCCAGACAACUGAUGAACGAAAAAGUCAUAUUAACUCGAUUGUCGGAGCUAGGGGCGUGAAUUUGGUGAUUGAAUGCAGCGGAAAUGCACCUGCAUUUGAAGAAGGCUUCGAACUCCUGACUCGAAGUGGCACAUACCUACUCGUAGGUACAUGGGCUGGUUCGGCAAAGGUACAGCUGUCUCCAUUCGACGUGGUUCAAAAGGCACUGAAAAUCAUUGGCUCGACAUACUGCUCUCCUUGGUGUUAUUAUCGCGCCGCACAGCUGGUACAAGCGAACUAUCAAAAAUUCCCUUUAGCAUCAUGUGUCACCAAGACAUAUUCAUUAGUGCAGGCACAACAAGCACUAGAAGAUGUUGCAGCAGGAAAGGUUGUCAAGGCAGUUAUAGACCCUCAAGCAUAG